AUUCUAAAAACACCAGAAGAAAUGUCCAGACUUUUGAAGAUGUGUUUCUUGUUGAUAUCAAUGAAUCAAGCCAAGAUUACUCACAGUCAGAACUCUGAAGAUUUGCCUCCAUUGUUACACAAAGCUGUGGAGGAAGUAAUAGCUGGGAAAUAUCUGAAUGCCCUCCUAGAUAUACUUUAUUUUCAAAGCUCUAAUGUCUGGACAGCAGAUCUGCUUACAAAAGUCAUGGCAUAUUUUCAUGCCCAGGAAGUUAUGUUUACUCUUAGCAGCCUCCAGAUGUCCAUAAAAAGUUACCUGAAGAACCUUUUAUACCAGCCCAGGCAACUACUGUCUGAAUUGCACCAGCUUGAUCAGCAGCAGUUCCAAACUGCAAUGAAGUACCUCUUCAACAGCAAAAAGGAGCAUCUUGAAAUAGGAAAUACUAUUCUUGACUGGGGCAAGACUAGAGAGAGAAUUUUUCAAAGCCCAGGAGUAAACAGGACCUUGUUCCUUGUAACACUGGAUAAAUGCUUCCUGGCUCUGAGUGCCCUGGACUGUGUGGAUAUCCUGAGUCAGGUUCUGCGUGUGUCAGCGGUGAACUAUCUCCAACCUGAUGUUGUUGGGAGUCUCCCUAACCUUCUGCUGGAGGAUGCUUUCAGAAACUUAUCAUCAUUGUUCAAGGACCUCUAUGACAGAACCUCAGCAAGCACUCAGAGAGCUCUCUAUGGCUGGAUGAAGCAGAUUCUACAGAAAUCUUACAACAUGAGUGAGUUCAAUGAAUCAACUUCUUGGGUCAGUGCAGAAAGCUUAUGGAUUUUGGGAAGAUACAUGGUCCAUCUCCCAUUAGAAGAAAUUCUGAAAAUUAGUCUCAAUGAAAUCAGACUGUUCAUUAGCUACGACAACGCAACAAAGCAGUUGGACACGGUGUAUGAUAUCACACCAGAGCUUGCACAGGCCCUCCUGGAAAGGAUAAACUCCUCAGGGUUUGAUAUGAGGAACACUUCAACUAUCUACAGGCUGGGUUUGUUGGUUUGCUUUUAUGAUGACCUGCAACAGAUGGAUGCAGCUGUGGCCCGGGCUCUACUUCAUCAAAUGAUUAAAUGCAAUCAGCUGAGAGGUUUCCAGGCCAAGGUUCAUGAGCUCAAAUCUCAACUCCUGAACAUUGCCAUGCAAAACCAGACAUUGAAUGAUACCCUUGGAUCUCUGUCAGAUGCAGUGGUUGGACUAACUUCAAGUCAGCUGGAAUCUCUGUCACCUGAAGCAGUGCAUAAUGCUGUUGCAACAUUAAACCAAGUCUCUGGGUGGGCAAAGAGCCAAGUUAUGAUUUUAUCCAGUAAAUAUCUCUCCUAUGAAAAGGUUUUAUCAUUUUACAAUGUGAGCCAAAUGGGUGCCUUGGUGACAGGAAUUGGCACUUGGUCACUGCACAGCAUGAGCCCCAGGGAGCUGGCUCAGAUGAUUCGAGGCACAACAUCCCAGUACUUGUCUGACUUAUCCCCUGCACAGCAACAGGGCAUCCUCAGGAAGAUUGCUGCAUCUGGAGAUUUUUCUUCAUCAGUCAAAGAUAUACAAGGAGCUUUCUUUAAAGAAGUCUCUCUUUCUGGUUUAUGGAAGCAAACUGGAUAUAAUUCUGCAAUGCUGAAAGAAAAAGAACUAAGAAGCAGCCAGGCUUUGUAUCUCUAUGAAUUACUGUCUAAGGAAAACCAUCCUGUUGACCUUCUAAGCACAGGACAGCUUGUGAAAGGAGUAACUUGUCAACUCUUUGAAAGUAUGGACGCAGACAUAUUUUUAAACAGUUUUAAAUUCUUUGAAACUAAUCUUCAUCUGCUUUCUCCAUGUCAGGUUAAUUGUUUGGCUUGGAAAUUUUGGAAAGUCUCCAAUGCAUCCAUUCCUCCCUUCCUCUUACUGGCACUUCCUUCUGAGUACCUGGAGUAUGUUACAGGCCCUUUGUGUGUCCCUUUCCUUGAACGUGUGGGCAAGACUGGAAUGGACCUUCUGAACCCAAGCCUUCACAAAAGGGAUGCUGUCCUGCAAAAAAUACAGGAGUGCUUGAACAGCUCCAUUGCUGAUGAAUAUGAUGUUGACCUCCUUGGAAAUCUAAUCUGCCACUUACCUCCAGCCUUUCUACAUGGCAGAAUGUCCCUGAAGGCAAUGGCAGCAGCCCUGCAUCAAUUCAAACUUUGCCAACAGCUCAGCCAUGAGCAGAAGAUUGAAAUUAAAUACAAACUCCUCCAGUUAUAUGGUCCCUCAAACAACUGGACAGCAGAAGCAACAUUAGAUGUUGGACCAUUCAUAGUUCUGCUGCCAAAAGAGGAAUUAAACGUCCUUGCUAAAAAGUUCCCAGAGAUCAUGUUACAAAUAGCAAAGACAAUUGGACCAGUUUCUUCAGCUGAAGAGCUCCUGUCAGCUGUGUUUGAGUCAGUCUCCAAUGGCCCUGGCAGCGUUCUCCUGUCCCUCAGCAGAGCUGACUGUCUGAGAACCAGAGCUCCUUCUUCAAAUGAAAUCAUUAAAUUAGGGGAAGCAAAUGUCUUUUGGUCAGUUCAGGAACUGAAAUGCAUGGAUCCAGAGACUUUUGACAAAAAUGUGGAACUUCUUGGGGGUGUCUCAGGUUUUAACAGCUCCCAGCUGACUGCCUUGAAGGAAAAAGCCAAGCAGGUUUGGGGGUUGCUGCCAGACUGGAGGAGUUACCAGAUCAUCUCCCUGGGCCGCAUUGCUCUGGCACUCAGUGCACAGGAAAUCCCAGAGCUGGACCUGAGCUCCAUUGACACCGUCUCUGCUCUUACUCAGCAAACAGGGUGGACUCUUACCCAGGCAAGAGCUAUUUUACAAGGUUUUCUAGACGACUCUGGCCAGACCAUCAGCACAUUAAAAAGUUUUGAUUUAGUUGGAUUAGGAGCUGUUCUCUGUGCUUUGAACUCCACAGAAAUCACAUCCAUAAGGACUGCUGAAUUCAGUGCUGCAAUUGCAAGAAUUGGCCUGUUGUUUUGUAGCAGCCCUGUUCUGAGGCAGUUUAAGAAGAUGACAGAAUCUGUGUUUGGUGCUGCUCCCAACUGGAAUGGCUCUGUUUUACAGGAAAUUGGUACUAUAGCAGGUGGUUUGAAUGAGGAUGAAUUAAAAGCUUUUGAUAAAAGCUUGAUGCCAUAUUUCCAGCCAUCAGCAGUAAGACAUAUUCCUCCUGAAAUUUUCCAAGCAUUGUCCCCAGAGCAAAUAGCAAACCUGGGCCCUGAGAACGCCGCCAUGGUGACAGGAUGGCAGCAGGAGCACCUGGAUGCAGCGCAGCUCCAGAGCCUGGGGCUGGCACUGGAUGGAGCCAGGAGCAGCAGCCCAGGGACACAGAGCCCUGCAGGGUCUCCCCAGGAGGGACAAACUCCAGCUCCCAGUGGUGCUCCUUGUUUGAGAGGCUUUGGCAUCUGGCUGUGUGCUGUGUUUACACUGCACCUACCUUUCUGAACCCUCAAGGGUUGAGCUUGAGUGUCCUGGAGCUUACAACAGAGAUGCUAGAGAUAAAAGAGUGUCAGCUCAGCUUGAGCAGUAGAAUCAAGAGGCUCUGAGAAUUCUGAGUGCCGAGUGGUUAAAUUCUUACAACCAAGACC